AUGGGUGUAGUGCUGCCGGAGUUACGACAUCUGGCGCUCGUUUCUUGGUCAGGGGGAAGCAUAGUGGAGCUGCGCACACUGACUUCACUAGAGGUGGAUCAGCUGGUACUGUGUAAUAUCUGCAUCACAUCCAUUCCUGCCAGUUUUGAGCUACUGACAGAGGAGGAGGAGGAGGAGGAGGAGGAGGAGGAGGAGGAGGAGGAGGAGGAGGAGGAGGAGGAGGAGGAGGAGGAGGAGGGGGAGGGGAUCUUGGAAAAUGCCCACCAGUUAUUAUAUAGCGGAUACGUUUGUGCUAGUGGGAGCAUGCCCUAG